GCCCAGCCGCCGCCGCCGGUGCCCGGCCGGCGGCCGCUGGCGCUGCAGCCGGCCGCCUGCACUGGCAACGCGCUCGGCUUCACACCCACCCAGCGGGUCCUGCUGCAGACCGGCCAGGUGAAUGGACAACCAGUUAUGAUGCUGACACCGGAGGUGGCGCGUAGCCUGGGCAUAGUGCUGCCAUCUCGUGGAGCCAUGCCAACUCGAGAUUACGCGGCCGGCGUCAGGAGUCCGGAAAUCAAGUCUGAAGUGGACUCGGAAAUGAUAGACCCCGACCAGUUUCUGGAAACGGAAUUGGCUUCUGGGAAGCCGGAGUCGGUGGUGGACGAGGACCUGACAUCACUGUCAUGGUUGCAUAACAAAAACCUGCUAAAGGACAUUCAGCUGCGGCCGGCGCCGGCGGCCGUCUCGCCGCCUGGCGAGCUGUCGCCCGGCCCGGGGCCCGGCCACGGCUCCCCUACCUCCGACUACCUGGAGGAGGCGUCCGAGCCGGCCGACGAGUCGCCGCUGCGGCCGGCGCCCGACGCCAGCCGCUUCAACUGCCGCCGCCAGCCGCAUCCGCUCGCCUACGACCCCAAGGUGCACGUGCACUUCAAGCCGCCGUUUUCGUUCUCGUGCCUGAUCUUCAUGGCGAUCGAAGACUCGCCGCGCAAGGCGCUGCCCGUCAAGGAGAUCUACGGCUGGAUCAUGGAGCACUUCCCGUUCUACCGGGCGGCGCCCGUCGGCUGGAAGAACUCGGUUCGACACAACCUGUCGCUCAACAAGUGCUUCAAGAAGGUGGACAAGGUGCCGUGCAUGGGCAAGGGCUCGCUCUGGACCGUCGAGCCCAUGUACCGGCUGAACCUGAUCCAGACGCUGAAGCGCUCGCCCUGCGUGCACCCCUGGAAGGUGGAGAACGACUCGGCAGGCAAGCCG